AUGUUCAAGCCCACAUCGGCCCUAUUCUCGGGUCUUCUCUGGAAGACCCCAUGGCGUCUCUCAUCCCCCCAAAAGGCCCGGCAGCGCAAGCGUCUGCGCGCCGUGGACCGAGUCGUCGAUACCCUCAGUGCUGCUCUUGCCCGGCAAGGGCAGAGCACCAAGGCUGUUGAGCGGUGGUAUGCGGAGAUGCCGCGUGAGGAGGAGAUGCUCCCCAAGGACAAGUACACCAUCUUUGACAAGAAGGAGAAGACCUACCGGAAGGGCAUUCACAAGCUUCCCAAGUGGACUCGUGUCAGCCAGCGUGUCAACCCGCCCGGUUUCUAA